AUCGAUCAACUAACUAACACGUGCACUGUUUGCAUUGUUUAGAUUCAUUUGUUUGACAAAAAACAAGAAAUUUAAGGUUUAGAAAUGAGCAAAGCCGUAGCUGAGACAACGAAUGCUGCAAGCGCAAGAACCAUACCACAGAAAAUGCCGAAUACUAAAAAAACGCAGCUUCAGGCGAAUGUGCCACGAGGUCAACCGAAAUCCAAUCGGCCCUGGAAAACUCCGAAACAAAAAUUCAGCACAAUUAAGAAAAGCGUAAACCGCCUGUCGUUUGAAAAAAAGACGGCCCUGCGUGAUGAAUUGCGCAACAUUAAGGAUAAAUCAAAGGAAAUUAAGACUCAAAGGAAGGAAGCAGCCGUUCAACGUCACCAGCGUCGCGUGGAAAACGCAGAGCGUCGCUUGGCCAACGAGCGUCGCUCAGAAAUCGUACAAGUUAUUAAGAAUCCUUCAAAGAUUAAACGCAUGAAGAAAAACCAGAUGCGUAUGAUUGAGAAGCGCGACAUAAGCCAAGUGAAGGUAGUUUAAGUCGUCAAUGCAUAGGAAACCCUAUGUAAAUGUAAAUUUAUUUAUUGCCUAAAUAAAUAGUUUUAAUAAUA